GGGAGCUAUAAAUAAAGGCUCUCCUAUGCUUACAGCUUAUCAUCCAGUGUGUUCUAUCAGUGUUUUAUUAAGCGAGUUUCCUUGAAGUCAUUAUGCCUGAUCCAGCCAAGUCAGCUCCCGCGCCUAAGAAGGGCUCUAAGAAAGCGGUGACCAAGACCCAGAAGAAGGGGGAUAAGAAGCGCCGCAAGACCAGGAAGGAGAGUUAUUCCAUUUAUGUCUACAAGGUGCUGAAGCAGGUUCAUCCCGAUACCGGCAUCUCUUCCAAGGCUAUGGGCAUCAUGAACUCCUUCGUCAACGACAUCUUCGAGCGCAUCGCCGGGGAGGCGUCUCGCCUGGCACAUUACAACAAGCGCUCCACCAUCACCUCCCGGGAGAUCCAGACCGCCGUGCGCCUGCUGCUGCCCGGGGAGCUGGCCAAACACGCCGUCUCGGAGGGCACCAAGGCCGUGACCAAGUACACCAGCUCCAAGUAAACGGGAGAGGUCUCUAAAAAAACAACACAACGGCUCUUUUAAGAGCCACCUACUUCAUCCAUAAGAGAGCUGUGGUCACUUUAACUGAUAAUUUAAUCUCCAGCUUUCAGAUGUACUGAAUGAAUCUAAUUUCUUUUGCAGUUUAUACCUUGUGUUAAAUUCCACUAAUUUAUAACAUUCUGGUGAAUCUCAUCUCUAGGUGAUAUCAGGGGAUAAGAGAUGGAAUUUACGUGCAAAGUGAAUUUAUUUUUCACUUGAACGAACCUGGUAAUUGAGUUAGAGAAAUAUCGGAACUUUAAAAGAUUAUGCUGUUUUUCAGCAGUUUUCAAUAUAUUCUUCCACCCCCACCCCCAGCCCUGCAUGCCUGGAGCAGUAUUAAUCCGCUUAACCAAUACGUUCCAUUUUAUACUUAGCUGUGACACCCCCAAGAACGUUCUCCAGACCUUUCAGAACUAGAACCUUAUUUCUCAGCAACAAAAACUAUUUCUUGAUUGCUGUAUUUUUUUUUGAAGUCUGGACCUUUUUCUUCAGAAACAAGAUGAGUCCAGUCUUAACAACAAAUAAAUUACCUCCUUUCUCUCAGUGUAUUCAAGGGUAUUUUGAAAAAAUAGAAUAUUCCUUUCUCCAUUCUAUCAAUUUUAAGGCAUUAGAGAUAUUCAGUAACAUUCUGUGUGGUAUCAAUUUCUUCCCAAAAUAUAAAUUCAGUGAUUUAAA